AUGGGCUCUAUUUGGGUGCAUCCAGCCAAACCAAACAAUGAGAGUGGUAUACGAGCUACUGAAAGUGACCUUGAGGAGAGUGAUAGUGAGAAAAAGGGGGAUAGUGAGACAAGCAGUGAGAUGGAUCUAGACAGCAUAUCCGAAUUCUCAGAACCCUCAGAAAAACCACCGGAUCCCAACCGGGACCUCACCUUAGCUAACACAAUUUUGUUCAUACAGAACAGAAUGCUGUGGUGGGAAAUGUGUCAGGCCAUAUCAUUGGGCGAUACAGGGAGGGUUUUGGAGGUUUUGAAAUUUUGGGUUUUCACAUUUGCGGGAGGGAAGAAUCCCUAUUACUUGCAAUAUUUGCUCGAGCUUUUCUGUAAUUUUAAAUGGGAGUCAUGGCCUUUGCUCUUCUUCAAUGUCUCCCAUGCACUUUUGAAUGGCAAAUAUUUCAAAGUUGCACAACAGUCAGAAAAGGCUCCUAGAGGUUCCACAUCAGCACUCAAGUCUGAGGAGAAGUGGUGUGACUUCUACAAAGUCAAAUCACACAACACCUCAGAGUGUCAAACACUUCAGUCAGCUUGGAAAGGUCAAAAGACAAUGGGAAAGGAGAAACACAAGGAUAAAGGAAAAGAGAAGGAAAAGGCAAAUACGGUGGAGCAAUCAUCUGGAUCUGACUCCGAGGAUAUUUGGAUGUGGAUUGGUCUGGAGACCCAGACACAUCUCGAUCAACAUCAGGUUUUGUUUUUAUCACCAUCCCAGGAGCAAUCUCAUAGUCAAGCAAAAGACAAAGCAUGGUAG